AUGGCAUAUAAUCCUUAUGGCAACAAUCCCUAUGGUGCGCCUCCUGCCUAUGGAGGUUAUCCUGGAUCAAACAAUGCUCCCCCAGGAAUGGCUCCUCCACCUGGUCUAGGACCUCCUCCAGGCAUGUCUUCUGCUCCGGGAAUGGCGCCUCCAGGUGUCCAGCAGUCUAGCGCCCAGCAAGCUAAUCGUCCAAGCGGCCUUCCACCCAGCUUCCAAGCGCCUGCCAAUAUGCCCAACAUAAACUUCAACGCCCCCGUGAUUCGACUCGGUACCUCUCAGCAAGGGAAAGCCGGUGCGCCUACAGGCGGUCGCGACAUGCCUGGUCCUAAUGGUGGACGACCUGGACUCGGCAUGGAAAGAGGAAUGGAUCGCGAUCGAGGAGCAAGGGAAGCGCCCCAAGUGCUUGUUCCCCCUACGAACGAAGAGAAGCUCCGAACGAUCUUUAUACACCAGAUUUCUGAAGGCGUUGGCGGCGAUGACGGUAUUCAACGGCUGUUGGGUGCUGUUGGAAAGCUGCGGAAGUGGGAUUCCGCAGUGAGUGUCACAGAUGACCACAAAGGCGUUAAGUUUGGUUUCGCUCUAUUUGACGAUCCAUGGUCACUGAGCUCCGCAGUCAAGCUACUUCACGAGGAACAAAUCGACGUUCCUGUCAAGCGCCAACCGGUAUCCGUUGAUGGACCCAAGGACGACACAUACGAGGGUAUUGAAAAGACAAAGCUUCAAGUGACGGUCGACGAGAGUUCGCUUAAGUAUCUCGAAUCUUACGAAGACGCCCAAGACGAUUCCAUUGGGAUUGAGAAGCUUGAAGCCGCGAGGGCAGCACUAAAGCACGCCGUUCGCGAUCUUUUCUACCCAAAGACCAACAUUUCUAGCGAAGAUAUCACAAUGGGCAACACGGAGUCUGGCGAGAACGUCGAAGUGGUUAAUAUUCCUUUGGCGCAAGAGGACGAACUUGCGGAUAUCCCCGCUGAGAUGCGAGAAGUCGUUGCGCAAGAGAUCGCUGCGUUUCGCGAGAGGAGUACCCAGCGAGAUUUGGAGCGUCUGCGAAAGGAAGAAGAGAUGGAAGAGAUGGAGCGACGACGAAACGGGCCAUCACGAACAUCUCGACUUGAAUCACCACCAGCUAGCACCAACAACAUUCCUCUUGGCCCAAGAGGUAGCAUCGCAAAUGCUCCGUCGGGUCCUAAGGGACAAAAUGGACAGAACCGGGUUGCCUUUGUAAAUGGUGGCAUUUCCAACACAGACCUUUCCAUCCACCAAGAGGACGACGACACAGACGCAAGCGAUGAGGAGCUUUACCGACGAUACAAGUCCAAGAAGGACGAGGAAGAUGACAAAGCGUAUCUCGAGGCCGAGAGAAAAUGGUCUAACAGAGAACGAUCAAGGCAGGCAGCAAUAGAUCGAGAGCGCGAGCGAGAACGUCAAGAUGCCGAGUCAUUUGAAAGAAGAAAGGAAGAGCAGCUAGAGAGAGAAAAGGCCUGGGACGAUGAGAAAGAAGCAGGUCGUAAGACUCACCAAUACUAUCGCGAUCACAGUGUCUGGGCUCGUAAGAGGGCAGCCGACCGAGCAGAUGAAGAGGCACAAGACGAAGCCGACAGGAGAGCAGAGCACGACGAACAGCGUCGCGAAAAGGUCGAGAUGGAGCGUGCACGCGGUAUGGCCGACUCGUUCCUCGACAAGCAAGCUGAAGAAUUGGAGGAGGAGCGACAAGCUCCCGCCGCCACCGCACCGCAGCCAUUUAAGCUGUCCCUCGGAGCCGCGGCUCAGAAGGCCCAGGCAUCCAGGGCAGCUCCUCAACGGCGCACCAUUGCGGAGGUUGAAGGUCUCUUGGACGAUGAAGAGGCUGAUUCUUCUACCAAGCGACAGCUAAUUCCCAUCCAAUUCGAGCCUUCUUCCGCAACGGCACAUAUGACGGAGGAGGAGAUCUCGCAAGCAGUGCGAUCCCUUGCCCAGGAAAUUCCAUCGGACAAGGAUGGUCUUUGGGGGUGGUCCGUCAAGUGGGAUUACAUGGACGGUUCUGUCAUUAAGGAUAAGCUACGUCCGUUUGUUGAGAAGAAGAUUGUCGAGUAUCUUGGUGUCCAGGAGGAGAUGCUUGUCGAAGCAGUGGAGGAGCACCUCCGCGCUCAUGGCACAGCAGCCGCUCUAGUAGAAGAGCUAGAAGGCGCCCUCGACGACGAAGCAGAGGAUCUCGUCAAGAAGCUCUGGCGUAUGGUCAUCUUCUUCACAGAAAGCGAGAAACGAGGUCUCCCCGCAUAA